UUCUAGGCUGGGAGAGAGACGUUGCUGCCUUUUAGUCGACUUCCCGACGGGAUCUAAAAGCCAAGGAGCGAGAAAUAUGAGUUUAUUCACACAAUUUCGGAUUCGAAUCUAAUCGGAAAGGAGGGGAAUGAGUGUCAGAUGUACAUUUACAACCUCGAUAAAGAAUUACAAGGUGGAAUUUGUGGCCUGUUUUGCUCCUACAGUGCAACUAUAAGGGCGAAGUGUGCUGGACUUGGAUGGGAUUGUUUAUCGGUUCGGGUCCAUCACUGGCCGGACGGUUUGGAGGAAAAAAAUUGCGAUUUGAGAAGGAGGAAAAGCAGGACUGAAGACUUCUCAAGGCUUCACAGAUUCUCUGAGCAGUAUUUCCUGUUUUAAAGCUGAGCAGGAGGUCGGUAGAUGGUGGAAAGAGUCGAGUCUGGACAUACUUCCAGCAGCAGCCGCACGGAUUCCUUUCUUUCCCUUCGCUCCCCUUCCUGUCUUCCUUCCACUUUUUCACUUUUUCCCCUUCACUUUCAGCAAGAGUAAAUAAUGCAACCCUUUGUGCAUAAAAUAAGGAGGAAACAGUGCUGUUAUUCUCCACCGUUCCCAGUGUCGAGAUGUUGAACUUGAGAAGUCGAUGAAGGUUGAUGAAUGAGUUUGGAGUUCGGUGGGUUUGGUGGAUUCGGUUCUCCCAGAAUUUCUUUCCAAGACAAGCUUCAAAAUGGUGGAGAAUAGGUGUUGCCUUAAGAGAGAAGAGGUGUACCGGUGGUUCUCGGGCUUGAGCUCAGCUCAGAGGGCCGAGUUCCUGUGCGGACUCUUGGAUCUUUGCGUUCCAGUGGAGUUGCGCUUCCUCGGGUCCUGCUUGGAGGACUUGGCUCGUAAGGACUACCACUCUCUGAGAGAUGCUGAGAUCAAAGCCAACAACCCGGCCGACCUGGCGCUCCUGGCCAACAUGACGGACGAGGUGGUGCGCAGCAAGCUUCUCGUCUCGCUUGCCCUACUCGGCUCGGACAACCGGGCGGCGGCGGGCGUGCUUUUCCGGACGCUCACGCACGUCGACACCAUCAUCCACGAUUAUGGGCUUCGUCUGAGUGACGGACGGACCGGCGAGCAGUUCCUCCUGCUCUUCACCAUGGCCGCUAAUCACCCAGCCUUCAGCUUCCACCAGAAGCAGGUGCUCAGACAGCUGCUUGCACAGAUCCAGGAGAUCCUCCAGUCCAGCGGGUCCGACACGGCACACGGAGGAAACACCGGAUCGCCUGCUGUUCCUACUUCAAUGCCUACGUACAUCAGUGCACCUGCACAUCUUACCUGCUGCACCAAGACCGUGCCCAGAGAAGUGACGACAGGCCCCGUGGAUGACGGUGUGGGGUCAGAGGUCAUGUCCCCGACCCCUGCGCCUACUUGCCAGGAGCCACCCAUAAAAAUGCAUGCUGGGAAACCUGGAAAAGUCCGAGUCGAGAGGAUUGAGCUGAAGGGAGUCACACACAAAGUGGACUCAUCAACAGAAUACACACUGGAGGUCGUGUGGUCCGACUCCACGCUGUCAGUCAUUAGCAAGACGUCUCAGGAAGUGAUGGAGCUGGUGUCCCAGCUCUCCCAGCUCUUUCCUGAUGAUUGUCUGGAGAAGUUCCUGCCUCAACCUGGUGUUGAGCCUCAUGACCUGGACCUGAGGUGUUUAAGUUCUCUUCCGGCUCACGUUCUCCGACACGAACGAGUGCGACUUUUCUGCACAUCCUCCAGCCCACAGCCCACCUCCAGCACCAAUCUGAGUUGUCUUCUUCAGUACAGAGGAGCGAAUAGGGCGGUGUGUGGUGUCGCGAGCGUUCAGCCGGUGGUAAAUGUUCUUGCCCCGAUGCCCCAGCCCUCGCCUGCACAUCUGCCCCCUCCGCCCAUCCUGCCCCUUCAUCCGAGCCUCGCUGUUCCCACUAUAGGAGAGACCAACUCGCCUCAGCAGCAAACUGCACCACACCCACAACAGCAGCAGCCACACCCACCCAGCCCCGAGCAGAAUGGCAUCCUGGACUGGCUGCGGAAGCUCCGCCUCCACAAAUACUACCCCGUCUUCAAGCAGCUCACCAUGGAAGAGUUCCUUGCUUUGACAGAAGAAGACCUGAAUAAGUAUGACCUCACUCAGGGAGCCAAGAAGAAGCUGAAGACCCAGCUGGAGCUGCAGAAGGAGAAGUUACACGAGAAGAGAUACACCAUGUCUCAGUUCCCUGUGUCCUGUGGUGGGGUAGCGAGAGUUACACCUUCCACUUACAACGGCCCGAUAACACAUACGAGCAGCAGCAGUAACACAGAGCUGCGUGUGGAAGUGGAGGCCGGUUCUCUGUCCUCCCUCAGGGACAGCAGCUCAUCAUCAGGUUACUCCAGUUCUCCAUCCAGCCCUAUGACUCCUCUGAAAGAGACUCACAGACGUACCGAUGUGGAGUGUGUAGAGAAAGACCGCGUCUGUUUCCUGCUCAGCACGGCGGGUUCCGGUCCGAGUCGGCCGACGGCUCAGGUUCUCCCGGUGCAGAACGAUCCCUCUGUCUGUCCGUCUCACACCAGCGUGACCCUUCCCUCCAUCCCACUGCUGGCCCCAGGCAGAGGACUCGGCUCCGCCUCCCGCAAGCCCCGCCCACCCCUGCUCUGCACAGCGAUGGGUGUGGAAGCACCACCCCCAGGGCAUCAGGAAGUGGAAACCUGUACUGCGCUAACGGUAACCUCUAACGCCCUCCAUCACGUCUCACAUCCGACGCUACACUUUCAGGUUUCGGCCACGCCCGGCCACGCCCGGCUGUCUCAGUACCCAAACUCCGCCUCUUCCUCCUCCUCAUCCUCGUUCUCUUCCUCAUCAUCUUCCUUUUCCUUUUCCUCAUCCUCCAAACCCACCUUCUCGCCCAUCAGCGCAGUUCCCAUGGCGGCCGUUUCCGGAAACACCUACAGCCCCAACAGUGCGUCCAUAGUAGCCCCGCCCACCACCAGUCCCGUCACCACGGAAACGGCGUGCUACGGCUCCGCCCAGUCCAAUGGUACGACGCCGUGCGUGUGCAGCUCCUGCGGCUGCAGCGGAAAGUGUGGAUCGUUCUACUUCCCGCACCCGUUCUCCGGUACGUCCCUGUUCACAUUUGGCCCACUGCUCCACUUCAGCCCCCUCCUUGCAGGAAGCGGCUCCGCCUCCCCGUUCUCAUACCCGAUUGUGGCCCCACCCCUGUACAGCAGCAGCCUGUCGCAUGACUCCCAGCAGAACCUGGUCCUUCCCCCGAUGCAGGGCUUCCUAGGAGGCGGGACUAACACCUACCAGCCCUAUGGCAUGAUGGGAAACGGAGGCACGGGGCAGAAGAAGGUGGGAAGUGUUUCCUGCUACAACUGUGGGCUGAGCGGUCAUCGAGCGCAUGACUGCAAACAGCCACCAAUGGAUUCGGCUCAGCAAGGUAUGUUUCGUCUAAAAUAUUCUCCUCAGUCGGACAGCCAGGACUCUGGUGACUAGCCGUUAUAUACAGCGUUUACGAGGUUUUCCAAGCGAGCAGCGUGUGUGUACAUAUGUGUGUGUGUGUUUUCGAGCUCGGACGCCUUCUGAGACUCUCGCGGACUUCGUCUCUUGGAGUGAAGCUCUGUAACGGACGAGCCGGACAUCGGGGACGAUUCGGACACUAAAGCUCGUGAGGACGGUUGUGAAUAAACAGAAAAAAAACAGCCGGCGAGUUUGUAAUCGUCUCCUUCCUCUCAGGUCCUCACUCGGCCUCGUCCCGUUUUGUCUCAGCAUGGUGCACUAUGUAGUGUGUGAAGGUGCCUCGGUCUCUGGCGCACUUUUCCUGUCGGAACCCGUGAACGAAACACUGCCGCGUUCCGCUCUGGCGCAGGAUUGGACAGAGAUUUUUUUUUUUAACUUUUUAUAUUUUGUGUUGUGUAUUUGUUGUAUUUACAGUGUAGAGUGUUAAACUGUCAGUGUGUUUAAAGCCACGCCCACAUUUCACUUUGAUGCGGGUAGGGUAGUUACGCUAAUCGGACCAUCAGGUUCUGUGACAUUUAACACGCACAAUGCGUUAUUGUUAAAAACACUAAACUAAACCAGGUCUCAGUUUUAGUGAAAGCCGGCUACUUAGAUCUGUUAAUUUGGAUAAAUAAGAUUUGAGCCGAAAAUCCCAGAAUUCUCUUCGCACAAACCAGCAAAGUAUUCGAUAACUGAUAUCUGAGGUUGUAAUAAACAUCAUGCAAUGAUUUUGAUAUUAAAAUUCAACGUAGUCAAUUUUAGAGCCUGCAGAUGUACAUAUGCAUGAUUUUUCAGUAUUACUACGAUUAUUUUUUUAAAAGAGAUAUUUUAUUUGAAACGAAUGUGGGUCGAUAAACCUGAAUAAUUCGCACCUUCGCUAAUUCAGCCAGCAGAUCUGUGUUAAAAACGGCGAUGUUUCUCCGUUUAACUUUUGUAUGUUUUAUUCGCUGACUGCCGAGUUGAACGCAGAUGCAGCUGAAAUUCUGCUUGUUUAACAAUAAAAUGUCAUUAUUUAAUUUAACGCUGCCGGCGAAAAGCACUCGGAAUUAAACACUUUGGCGUAUUCAGUCGAAUCUGAGCUCAAUCAGAUCGACUAAAACGCUGAAUUAGCUUUGUUUUAUAGUCAUUUUCCUAAAAGGCACCUUGAAAUGUAUUUAUUUAACCGUAAAGCCUUUGCUAAUUCCUUAGCCUUUUUGUCUAAGAUUCAGUUAGGAGCAAGCAAGCAAAAAACUUGGCUGAAUUAGCUUCAGGGAAAAUCAGUGAAAAUGUUUGGUUAAUCCAGUGAGGAUUUCACAUUUUCGGCUAGUUUCGACUUUUGCACCAAAGAACUUCUCGAUAAAACGUUUCAAGAUUUCUCAGACGGCACGAGAAGGACGUUAGGGAGGCUAAGCGUCUUUAUUUUCACGCGCCAUUUCACGGAACAUUUCUUAUUCGAUUUAUUUCGCUCCUGAAUUUCCUUCACUAAUUCAAAGCAUUUCCUAAAUCAGCUCAAGGAAAGGUGACCGAAAUUAGCGUCGCUAAUGUAGCGAGGACUCUUUGCCUCGGCAGCGGUGAAGAGCUUGCUAAAUAUCCUCCGCCAAUUUAGCAGAGACUCUCGUGGGAUUCUCCUCAGAUAGUGUCGUGAGGAUUUUGCUAAUAUUCUUGGCUAAUUUAAAGAAUUUAGCAGGGUUUCGCAAAAAUAUCUUUGGGCUAGUUAGCUAAGCUUUUUUGUUGUUGUUUUCUUUUUUACAGAAUUUCCUUAAAUAAUUUGAGCAAACAUCCUGCUGAAUUUCUUUUGCUAAUUAUGUGAAGAAAAUGCAGCAAGAAAUGUUUCCUUUGCUAAUUUCACAAGGAUUUUUCACAACAAUAAUUAUGACGAAGCAAAAUUUCCAUCGCUACUUCGGCGAGGCUUUGAACUAGAUUUCCUUUUCGUCAAUCUCCGGUUCUGAAUUAGCAACGGUAUCGCUAGUUCCACGGCUAAUUCGGCAAAGAUUCUCACGUGAUUUCCCUAGCUAAUGCAGUACAGAAUGCGCUAGGUUUCCAUCGCUAGGUCAGCUAAGAGAUCCGUACUACAAUUCCACUGCACUUGAGGCUUGUUAUGAAAUUUCCUUCACCUUUCGCCUCAUCAGGACAUUUUUUGCACAUUUAGCUUUAAGAAAUCGGAAGUUUUGAUGAAAUACUUGAGCAAACGUCAGCGAGGAUUUGUCUUUAGCCCAGACGCACGUCCUGGUCUGAGAGGAAACGUGGAAGUUCGUAUGUUUUGGUGAAACACGUUUCUCUUCAUCAGCUGCUCUGCAUGACGCUUUUAUAAACCUUCUCUCUGUUCCCAGUCACUUUUUUUCUGGUUCACUUUUGUAUUUAAUGUUUGAUGCUGACGUCAUAGGAUUGUUUGUAUUCAGAGUUAUUUUGUAUACAGAUGGAAUUCAGAAUUAAACUCCUUUUCAGAUUUUCACUCGUCUGUGUG